UAUUGAGUAUAGUUGGAAGACAUAGAUCCCCAGUCCUCUCGGUGCUGUGUUGAAACCCAUUAUGCUUGCUGACAUCUUUCAUGGUCGGCAUUGUCAAACCCCCAUUUUCCCUUUUCCUUUUCCCCACCCUCCUCUUUCAUUUUCCUCUUUUCCUUUCCUCAAUCACUCUUACUUCAAUUCAAUUCAAUCAUUAAUCUCACAAAAGGGUAAAGAUCCAUUGAUUAACUAUGGUGGUUUGGACCCGUGCAGUGGUAAGAACAUGGAGAUGUAGACCCACCAAUUUUAGCCGGGCUUUUUCUGAAAAAUUACCUACAUCGGAGCCUAAGGGCAGAAAUAUUCAGUGGGUAUUCCUGGGUUGCCCUGGUGUCGGAAAAGGGACUUAUGCAGCUCGACUUUCUAAGCUUCUUGGCGUACCCCACAUAGCUACUGGUGAUCUCGUCCGUCAACAAUUAUCCUCUCAUGGUCCUCUUGCCUCAAAGCUUGUGGAUAUUGUUAGCCAAGGGCAAUUAAUUUCAGACGAAAUUGUAAUAGAUUUGCUAUCUAAGCGUCUUGAAGCUGGAGAAGCAAAGGGUGAAACAGGAUUUAUUCUUGAUGGAUUUCCUCGAACUAUACGGCAGGCGGAAAUCUUAGAGGGAGUGACAGACAUUGACUUGGUGAUUAAUCUGAAGCUUCGGGAAGAUGCGUUGAUUGCCAAGUGCUUAGGAAGAAGGACUUGUAGUGAGUGUGGAGGCAAUUAUAAUGUUGCGUGCAUUGAUAUGAAGGGUGAUGAUGGAGAAACUAGAAUGUACAUGCCUCCCCUUCUCCCUCCUCCGCAUUGUGAAACCAAACUUAUUACACGGUCUGAUGACACUGAAAAUGUUGUGAAGGAACGCCUCCGCAUCUACCAUGAAAUGAGCAAACCAGUAGAGGACUUUUACCGCCAGCGAGGUAAGCUGUUGGAGUUUGAUCUCCCUGGAGGAAUUCCAGAGUCAUGGUCAAAGUUACUUCAGGCUUUGAAUAUCUACGACGACGAGGAUAAGAAAUCUGCUGCAGCAUGAUAAUUGAUCACUUGUCUUGUCAGUAUGUUUACUAUUGUUGUAGGUUCAUUCUUUGCAUACAUGUUGGACAUGCACAAGCGUCUAUAAUGGGGCUCCCUACCUCCUACUCUUCUCUCCCUCACUAUUGUAUCAUAUAAUGCUAAGGCAACUAUAACGAUUGUACGGAGUAUUUCUUGUCCAUAUUUGUUCAUAAAGCUUAGCAAACCAUGUGAUUUCAUUAAAUAUUUUGAUGAUAUAGUAGGGGAAAUGUUAUUUAGAUCUUAUUACA